UGUCCAGGGUCUGCCGUGCCGUGCCGUUGCAAGCCAGUCGUUUGCGACCUGUUGCAAGGAGCCAGAUCCAGAUCCAGAUAUACAUGUAUAUGCAUGGUUCCAGCAGUCUUACGAAAUGAAAUGAAGAAAAGAAAGGACUCGUGAUUCUUAGUCAUUUGUCAUUUGGUUGAAUUUUGAUUUUUCAUUUCCCAUCACUAUCAUGAGUGAUGGUCUAGAAAAUUCUGCAGCCUCUGAUCAGAUAGAUCAGGAAAUCCAAAAGAUUCUUGAUCAAUAUGGGCCAAUUGCUCUAACCCUGAUUAAGGCCAAAGUUCAAAAGUUUUCGUCAAGCCCCAACAAUGCAGCAAGUAAUUCUCAAGAUGAUCAAGCCUUGAACGCAGCAAGCAAUUCGCAAGAUAAUCAAGCCUUGAAUGCAGCAAGCAAUUCGCAAGAUAAUCAAGUUUUAAAUGCAGCAAGUAGUUCUCAAGAAAACCCAGCUUCAGUUAAGAAAAGGAGAAAAUCAACGAAAACUUCAAGAAAAAAAUCGUGUGAUGAAAACUUGCAAAGUUCAACACUUAAAAGCUCAGAACCUCAUUCAAGUCGGAAUGAACAAAGCGUAGAAGUAGACGUUACUCAUGUCACUUCAAAAGUACUUGUCACUCCUGAAGAUGUUGAAACUAAUUCUUCUCCACAUAGAGAAGACAGAAGCAGAUUUGCCAAGGGGGGUGAAAAGCUACCUUCAGCUUCUGAGGAGUCUUCUAAACCUCGAAAGUCCUCUCAUCGACGUUCAUCAAAGGAAGGCUGUCAGUCAGAGGAUGAGGAUGUACCUACACACUCUCCAAAACAAAUAUGUGCACCUUCCUCUAAAACCCGAAAGGCUUCUCAUCGGCGUUCAUCAAAGGAAGCCUGUCAGUCAGAGGAGGAGGAUAUACCUUCAGACUCACAGAAACAAAUGUCACCUUCUACAUCAAGGAAAAUUCCUACACAAUCACCAAGAAAAAAGAAGAAGCAAAGCGAUGAGGUUGUUUCAAAAUUUUCACCUCCAGCUGUGGUAAAAGAUUCAAGUACCAAUACUUUUUCAGAAUCUGUGAACAACUCAGAUUGGAAUGUAGUAGAUCGGGAUUGUUUCGUAAAAAUAGAACCUAUGCCUCAAACAGCUAUGAUGCAACCUGGAGCAGUGUCCAAAGCCAAAGUGGCCAAAGAAUGCAGGCCUAUGCCAAAAUCAGUUAAAGAGAAAAUUCUAUCAAAGGUCAAAGUGACAUCUAGAAACAAAUCUCCAGACCACAAUUUUUUGCCACCUUUACCCUUUAAAAAAAAGACUAAAUCCUCCACUACCACAAGGCAUUCUAAAGAUCAAAUGCUUGUAGCUAAGCCUUCAAAUAGUAUUUCAUCAGAUAGAUGUGUAAAUUCAACAAAAUCUCUGUCUAAGGUCAAUCUUUCUUCAAAGGCUACCAAUACCAAAGGCCAAAAUCUUGUAGCUAAAUCUUCUCAUACUAAUUCAUCAAAGUCUUGUGAGAAUUUGAAUACGGAUCAAUCUGAGGUCAGUCCCUCUUCCAAGAUCCCUAAUCCCUUGUUCAAGACUCCUAAUCUUCCGUCCAAGAUUCCUAAUCCCCUGUACAAGAGUCCUAAGCCCAGUGAUGAAAUUGAUGAAAGAUUCUCAGAUGGUUUCGAGAGUUAUUAUAAAGUCAAGAAGAAUAAGAUAGAUCCAUUGAGACAGAUAGAAGAAGAAGAUGAAAUCCUAGAUUUUGAAGCUGAACAACCAGGACAAGAUGAUGCAAUUUCUCUCUUUGCGGAAUCUGUAAUGUUCAAGAAUGAAGCUGGAUGGCUGGAUGAUGAGGAAGGUUUCCAAAUGCGUCAAAAGUCUUCUCAUAUUACAGAUGAUGACUGUGAUUCUGUAGCAUCAUGUGGAUCAAGCAAUAAAUACCUAUCUGAUCACUCUGACGUGGAAGAAGAAGUCUGUGAAAAUUUUGAAACAAGUGCACCUAGUACAUCAGAGUACAAAGAUGACAGUGAAGCUCUGACUGUUGAAAAACAGUUUUCAGUGCAGCACAAAGAACAUGCUUUAGGUGUUCCUGUCGAAAAUUAUGCCAAAACUACCCUACUCAGUGAUUCUGAGCAGCCCUUGGAGGAGUGUGGCAAAAAGGGUGUAGUAUGUCCUCCUGUAAAGGAAGUGUGUGCUGUGGAAAAUUUAAAACCGUCCCGCAAGAGACAUAGAGAGGAUUUGAACGUAAAUGGUAACAAAAGUCGUGAUGAUAUUGUGACAAAAGAGCAAAGUGUUGGUCACAGAAAUAAUUACCCUGUUGAAAGUGAUGAGACCAUUCACAAACAUGUUAUACUUGACAAUAGUGAAGCAACUAACCUGAAGGAAAAGCAGGAAUGUGAUAAGUAUCACCCAAAUUCACAGCAGUUAAACAGCAGGGCACUACCAGUGCUAUCAAAUGAAUCUUCAACUGGAAAAAUUGAUUCAGUUUUAGCAGGUACAAAUCCUACAAGGUGUAGUGAGGACCGGAUAUCUUCAAGCGGUAUAAACACAUGCAGCUCUGCUAGUGACAGCACUGCCAAAUCAAAGUCAUUUGACACCAACCCUAACUGUGCACCUGAUCCCAAUUUACCUAAUGUUCGCCCUAAGGGACAGACUCCUCUAGAGCGAGUCGAAAAACAGAGAGACCAGGUUGAGGACAAUGGGCUUCUUCCCCUACCACCCCACAUCAAACCGCUACUAGCUAAUCCUAGGCACCCACUACUGCCUGAUCCUCAAAAUCAAACUGUCAUGGCUUCAUGCAGACCAGGAGAAAGGACUCACUGCCCAUCUGAAGUCUCUUUCUUCAAUACACAGAAUGAAAGAAUUGGACUCCUUCCUACACCACCCCCUCUUAAACAACCACUGCUACAGAAUCCUAGGUACCCACCAUUUUCUGCUCCUCAAAAUCAAGCAACCAUGGUUUCUCACAAUUUUUUGGAAAUGCCUCGAAGACAAUCUGAAGACUUUCCCUUUCCUAAAGAAACUUCUUCUUCCUGUGAUUCUAUGAGAUUUUCUCCUGUAUCUGGAUCAAUUACUCCCAUGCCUCCAAUGCAGACGGCACCACAAAUGCAAGCAAAAGAGGAUAUGCAUCAUUCUGUAGAUUCCCUUUUUGAUAGCCAAAUUCUUCCCUCGCAUGUACACACCAAGAGUUAUCCUUCCCCAUCAGGUGCAAUUUCUCCCAUGGUGCAAUCAGAAAGGACAAAUUUGCUUUCUGUGGACACCCAAUUUGAGAAAAACACUUUCUCUUUGCCUGUUGAACGUGGUAUUCAAGGCUCCUGUGAUGGUCACCUUAUGCCACCUAUGCAAAUGAACCCAUCAGGGGUUGUUGAUGCUGCAUCAAAUACAUUUAUGAACAACACGAAUGCCAUAAAUAAUUGUGGUACUUCACAAGAAGUGGAUCAUGUCAUGUUGAGUAAAAGAGAUAUCGAUCUUAGAACCCCUGUUGAAUUUGUGGAUAAAUUUCUUCUUCCAUAUUGCCUUGAAUACCUAACCAAUGGAACAUGCAUGGUUAAUAAAUGUUUACGUUUUCAUUAUUUCCCUGAAAUCAAGCUGGCUGAAAUUCACAAUAAAUCUUAUUUGCAGUACAUAUUUAAAACUCUAAUAUUAAAUUAUGACUUCUGGGUCGAAAAGAAAUUUCCUGAAGACCUAAGAGCUUUGGGGAAUCAUCGUAAUCAGACAACACUUUUGAACUUAAGUCAAUAUCUCUGGAAAAGAAUUACAACAACAGGAAAAAAUUACUCACACUUGUGGAAAGAUAUUGCUGAUGCUUUGCGUGCUUGCGGACUCUCACCAGGCUUAAUCUUAUAUCAAGUUCUGUCAAUUAUUGUCAACCUCAAGCCUUCCUCUGCAGAUUAUGACGCCAUUGAUAAAUUGUUGGUGGUAUUGUAUCCUGACCAUAUUGAAAAUCAAGGUGUAGAGUGGGGCGACUUGGGUCCUUUAAGGAGCCUGGAUAAUUACGAACUUCCUGAGAAUGUCCUUAAAGAAGUACUUAAAAGUUUACUCAUGAAACCUCUAAUAACAGAUGCUGAUACAUCAAUUUGUGAUUACCUGCUGACAAAUCUACCCAGAAAGUGGAAACCAAGAAAGCCUGUUGAAGUUAGAAUACUCGAUUUAAUUAAAAAAUUGACCCAGGAGCUGGUUAUUGCUCAUCCUGCCAAGAGUAAUGAGAUGUUGAAGCAUUUUGACCUAAAUUUAGGGAAUUCAGUUAGUGUAAACUGUAUACCUAAGUCAAGCUUUCAAUCAAAAAGUGUGACCAAGUCAAGACAACGGUUCUAUCUUGCAAAUAAGGAUUCAGAUUAUCUUAGUGUUGGAACCACAUUAAACGGACAAAGUCUGCAAACCAUUACAGGUCCUAAUUAUCAGGCUGAAGAGUCUGCAGUAACGUGUGGAUCCAUCUCUGAAACACAAAAUAUCAAUGUUUCUCCUAAAACCAUUGAAAGUGCAACCACUUGCAUCAAUAAUUCUAGAGAGGAAGAAGUAUCCUCUAGCACAGAAGAAAUCAAGACAAGUGCUCAGCCAAGUGAUUUGAUUGAAAGCUCACUGGGCUGUAAAGCUGAGUCAACAUCUGCAUUGGAAAAAAUUUCAGUAAAGGUUUUAGGAUUGGAAAGAUCGGUAUUUACUGUUCCUGAAGAAAGUGCUGGUCAGGGUACUAACACACCAAACUCAAUAUCUACUUCUCAACAAGAAGUGGGCGCUCCAUUGAAAGAGUCACAUUUGGGUAGACCAGCUGGAAAGUCUGUUGAGAGAUCAAAGCCUCCAAAGACAAGACUAAAGGACGAGCCCAUAUCAUCUUUGGUGGUGAAAAACAAGAUGGGUGUCUUAUCCAAAGUUCUACUUCACUGGCGAGACCUAGAUAGAGUGAAAUCUGGGAGUAUCCAAAUUUACAAUGAAUUCAAAAAGUCAAGUGCUGAAGAAAGGUGCUACAAGUAUAGUACAUUCUGUACUGCUGUUAAGGCCCAAUGGUGUGGUCAUAGUACUGAUUGUCACUCAAAAUCAACAGUUUUUAGGAUUGGUCUCUUGUUACUUAAAGACUUCCAGACUGAUGGUCUUUGGGAACAAGCAGACAAUAUCCUAACUACAAUCCUGGCAACGGGUAUAACUGAGAUAGAGGUCGAAUCUUUUUCAUCUGCUUCCAUUGUGCUUAUGAAAGUUCAAGUUGAUUUGCAUAAUGGCAGGCUACAACAGGCACUAGAUACAUUUAUGGCAUGCAAUCUGCACAGUGACAGAAGUAAAUGGACACCUGAUUCCAUAGAUGACGACGAUGUCAGAAGGGAUGAAGUUGCUGGUGAUCUCCUUGAAAAAUGCAUUCAAUUAGACACAUUUGUCUUGAAGGCUGAAAAAUUAUUUAGAUGCAUGAUGGAUGCCAAAGAAAGCUAUAGGAAAUUUGAUGUAGCUUCAAAGUUCUAUGACGAGGUCCUGCGAUCUCUUAUGAAAGCCAAAAAGAGCAGAGCAGCCUUUGAUUUGCUUGGUUGGGCUCUUGACAACUAUAGCUUUGCACCGAAUGAGAGCACAAGAAGAGCGCUAAUUUUACAAGUUCCUGAGUUUUCUGAAGAAGAGCAAAUUAGGCUAUCACCACUUAUUGUUUGGCUUAUGCAACAGCAGCCAUACAGUGACGCCGUUCCACACAAUGUGCAGGCUGGCCAGAAUGUGGUCAUACUAUUACCAUCCACAUGGUUUAAUUGUGAGGUGCGCUGCCUCAUGCGAUUUCUCCUAAAUACUCACAUUGCAAACCUCCCCCCAUCCCAAGAAAUACCCAAUAUUGUAGUAAAAAUCAAGAAAGGCAGCGUUCCCCAAGAAGAUGCAGGACAAAUCACACAACCUUUUGGACUCAUGAAUGUUGAUUCAUCAAUCUCUGCAAUGCAGAAUAGACUUCAUAAAGUACUAACUGAGGAAGAAUUUCCCCUCAUUAAUAAUUUCACAGAGUUUAAAAAUGAGAGUAUCACUUUGGAUAAAGCUCUUGUGCAAGAAUAUGUUCAUGAUCGAAGAAAUAGAGGUAGAACUGUUGAAAACCCUCAACCUAGAUGUCUAUCUUCUAGAGGUCGAGGUCUGUUGCAGGCCAGAACUUGCCCUAAUCCAAUGCAAGGGUUAGAAAGAAGAGAUUCCUUGGGACAACAGAAUGAGUUGGCAUCAUUUGAAGAACAGAAUGGAUAUCCUCGUCAAGAGUUUGAUGUACACAGGCAGCCACCUCAACAUUUCCCACAAUCUUUCCCUCAAAAUCAAUAUCCCCCGAAUCAAUAUCCCCCAAAUCAAUUUCCCCCUAAUCAAUUUCCCCAAAAUCAGUUUCUUGAUUCAUAUGGUGGUCGCCCUUCAUAUCCUUCGCGUGGUAAUUUCCGAGCUCAAGGCACCAGAAAUAACAGAGGUUAUCAGAAUGGAAGAGGUUCAUACAGCACCCGCGGUAGAUACAACUGGGGUCGUGGAGGACCACACAAUCCUUACUGAGAAUCAAUUAAUUAGACUUGCUACAUUAAGUUUUGACAUUUUUUUAUUGAAUUAUAGUUGUAAGUUUAUAUUCAAUGUUCACAUAUUGUAUGUUAACCAUAAUCAAUAAAUCCUAUUUUUCUUAGAAAGAUUUA